CUCCUCUGUCUCUCCUCCGCUCUCCUCGCUCGCUCUCUCUCAGCUCACAGGAGGGAUCGGAUUUCUGCAUCACAACUGCACCCCGGAGUUCCAGGCCAACGAAGUGCGCAAAGUCAAGAAGUACGAGCAGGGUUUCAUCACAGAACCCGUGGUGAUGAGUCCUCAGAAGCGUGUGCAGGACGUGUUCGAGGCGAAGGCACGGCACGGGUUCUGUGGUAUUCCGAUCACGGAGAGCGGGAAGAUGGGUGGGAAGCUGGUGGGAAUCAUAUCCUCCCGAGACAUUGACUUCCUGAAGGAGGAGGAGCACAACCUGCCACUCAGUGAGGUGAUGACGAAGCGUGAGGACCUGGUUGUGGCCCCAGCGGGAGUCACUCUGAAAGAGGCCAAUGAGAUCCUGCAGCGCAGCAAGAAGGGGAAGCUGCCCAUCGUGAACGAGCAGGGGGAGCUGGUCGCCAUCAUCGCGCGCACCGACCUCAAGAAGAACCGCGAUUUCCCGCUCGCCUCGAAGGACGCCAAGAAGCAGCUGCUGUGCGGAGCCGCCAUCGGCACUCACGAGGACGACAAGUACCGGCUGGAACUGCUGGCAAAGGCCGGCGUGGACGUGGUGGUGCUGGACUCCUCUCAAGGGAACUCAAUCUACCAGAUCAACAUGAUCCGAUACAUCAAGGAGAAGUACCCAGAACUGCAGGUCAUCGGGCUGCACGGCCACGGUUGCCCAG